GCUCUCUGGAGAAGACAUACCAACAGUUAGCACUGUCUUCAGAUGCUGACACUUGGUGAACAGCUGCUCCUGGUCCACAAGAUUUAGAAGACACAGUGUCCUUCCAGACUGGGUCUUUUGGUAUGGAUCUUCUAUUUCUAUGUCUUUUAAAGAGAACUUUUUGGGGAACAUUUUGGAUUACAACUGUUCAUCUUCAUCUAUGCAAAGAAAUGAAAGCUAUUGUGCUGGGAUUUUGAGGAGCUUUUCCUGAAAGAAUUCCUGUACAUUAUAGAAGUGCUUGAGGAAGAGUGAUAAAGAUAGGCAUGAAGCCUCCGUCUCACAGCUGCAUGUGUAGUUACUGGUGAAGCAAAUGCCUACCUAAUUUGACAGUCUUGGUGUGUUUAAAAUUUUUUGAGUUUGCAAAUAAGCAUAUUAAGUCUACUGAUGGAGCCUUCGGGCAGUGAACAGUUAUAUGAGGACCCUGAUCCUGGAGGCAAAUCCCAAGAUGCAGAGGCCAAAAAGCAGACAGAAUCAGAACAAAAGUUGUCUAAAAUGACCCACAAUGCUCUGGAGAACAUUAAUGUCAUUGGCCAAGGCCUGAAGCAUCUCUUCCAGCACCAGCGCAGGAGGUCAUCAGUGUCUCCACACGAUGUGCAGCAGAUUCAGGCAGAGCCAGAACCUGAAAUGGAUCUGGAAAGCCAGAACGCAUGUGCUGAGAUUGAUGGUGUCCCCACCCACCCCACAGCUCUGAAUCGUGUCCUGCAGCAGAUCCGAGUGCCGCCCAAGAUGAAGAGAGGGACAAGCUUGCAUAGUAGGCGGGGCAAGCCAGAUGCCCCAAAGGGAAGUCCCCAAAUCAACAGGAAAUCUGGCCAGGAGAUGGCAGCCGUUGUGCAGUCUGGGCGACCCAGGUCUUCAUCCACCACCGAUGCACCCACCAGCUCCGCUCUCAUGGAGAUCGCUUGCGCUGCUGCCGCCGCCGCGGCGUGUCUGCCAGGGGAGGAGGCCGCUGCAGAGCGGAUUGAGCGGUUGGAAAUAAGUAACCUCGCCCAGCCGUCCAGUGCAGUGGCCUCUAGCACUGAUGGCAGCAUCCACACAGACUCUGUGGAUGGGACACCAGAUCCUCAGCGCACAAAGGCUGCUAUUGCUCAUCUGCAGCAAAAGAUCCUAAAGCUCACAGAACAGAUCAAGAUUGCACAGACAGCUCGGGAUGACAACGUUGCUGAGUAUUUGAAGCUCGCCAACAGCGCAGACAAGCAGCAGGCUGCCCGCAUCAAGCAGGUCUUUGAGAAGAAGAACCAGAAAUCUGCCCAAACCAUCCAACAACUGCAAAAGAAGCUUGAGCACUACCACAGGAAGCUCCGAGAGGUGGAACAGAAUGGAAUACCCCGGCAGCCAAAGGACGUCUUCAGGGACAUGCACCAGGGUCUGAAGGAUGUGGGAGCAAAAGUGACUGGCUUCAGUGAAGGUGUGGUGGACAGUGUCAAAGGUGGACUUUCCAGCUUCUCCCAGGCAACCCAUUCAGCAGCAGGGGCUGUGGUUUCAAAGCCCAGAGAGAUUGCCUCACUAAUUCGGAAUAAAUUUGGCAGUGCAGAUAACAUCCCUAAUCUGAAAGACUCUUUAGAGGACGGGCAAGUGGAUGAUGGUGGGAAGACCUUGGGGGUGAUUUCAAACUUUCAGUCAAGCCCAAAAUAUGGUAGUGAGGAAGAUUGUUCUAGUGCCACUUCAGGCUCAGUGGGAGCCAAUAGUACUACCGGAGGCAUUGCUGUAGGAGCAUCUAGCUCCAAAACAAACACUCUAGACAUGCAGAGCUCAGGAUUUGAUGCACUACUACAUGAGAUCCAGGAGAUCCGGGAAACCCAGGCCAGAUUAGAGGAAUCCUUUGAGACCCUCAAGGAACAUUAUCAGAGGGACUAUUCGUUAAUAAUGCAGGCCUUACAGGAAGAGCGGUAUAGAUGUGAACGAUUAGAAGAACAACUAAAUGACCUAACAGAACUCCAUCAGAAUGAAAUCUUGAACUUGAAGCAGGAAUUGGCCAGCAUGGAAGAGAAAAUUGCCUAUCAGUCCUAUGAACGAGCCCGGGACAUCCAGGAGGCCCUGGAGGCCUGCCAGACCCGCAUCUCCAAGAUGGAGCUGCAGCAGCAGCAGCAGCAGGUGGUGCAGCUGGAAGGGCUGGAGAACGCCACUGCGCGGAACCUUCUGGGCAAACUCAUCAACAUCCUGCUGGCAGUCAUGGCAGUCCUCCUGGUCUUUGUCUCCACGGUAGCCAACUGCGUGGUUCCGCUCAUGAAGACUCGCAACAGGACGUUCAGCACUUUAUUCCUUGUGGUUUUCAUGGCCUUUCUCUGGAAGCACUGGGACGCCCUCUUCAGCUACGUGGAGCGGUUCUUCUCCUCCCCCAGAUGAUGGCGGCGCUGAGCCGUCUCCCUCCCCUCUGGCGAGUGCAUGCAGCGGAGCACUAGGCGGCAACUUACCUACUCUGAAGUUUUCUACAACAAAACAAGAGUUGAGUGAAUCUGUUUACAUUUAGAAUAAUGUUUUUUUUUUUCUUCAAGAGACGCAAUUGCAAUAGUAUUUUUUAGAUUUUAUCCAAGAAGUUUUUUGGGCAAAAAUCUUGGAUCAUUUUUAUGUAGCAUGAUUUCCUUGGGAUGCAAAUCUUAAAUAGUCCUUUAACAUAAACCACCAAUCUGGAGCACACCGAAGGACAUCCUAAAUUGUGGCUUGAAAAGGACUGCACUAGAACCCCCUAAAAAGAUACGAAGACCCGAUUAGGGAGCCUGUUCACCCUAGCACCUGCCUGGUCUGGGCCCAUCACCUCUCCCUCCAGACUGACUUUACUGUGAAUCUGCCGCAUGCCACGUCUGAAUCUUUGGGUUCAGGGUGGAUUUCUCUCGUCCAUGGAAGAACACACGGUCUCCCUGGCUUCUCACCCGCGCUGGCCAUUCAUGCUAACCGCUAGAAGUACCUUCACGUUGGCACCCGGCCCCUCAGCCUUUGCUGGGACAGAGUGAGAGUGUCCUGCCCCAAAGGGUCACUGCCCAGGUCUGCUACAGUACUUUGAAGUAGCCUCUCAGUACUUCAUUAAGCGAAAUCCCUUGGCCGCACUUUUAAGAUUUUUUUUAAAUGUGUUUAGUCACCAACUUAAAAAAACAAAAAAUCCGAUCAGCAUACUUGAAGAAUGUAACCCUCAGACUCUCAGUGCUUCCUUGCGGUUUCUAAUAGGGUUUUUUAUUAUUGUUAUUAUCAUUAUCGGGUUUUUUUGGAAAGGGUUGGGAGGGUCUUUUAUUUUUCCUUUGAAAUAAAGAAGUGAUGUUUUUAAAUGAAGAGACGUGUGGAUAUUUAAGUGUGCUGCUCCCCUUGUAUUGAAUCAGUUUGCGUAAAGGAAGAUUUGCUGUAAAUGCUGCCCUCCGGCGCCUUUGUUUUGAGAUGCAGCUUAAACUCCCUCUUCUGGCUGCUGCUGCUGCUGCUGCUUUUUGGUGUCCUGCCACCCUACACCACCUUAAUGGGCUCGGCUUGGUUGGAAAGGAAAGGGGUGUGCAGGGAGAGGGGACCCUGCUCCCACACACCAGCACGAGAGGACAGAGGUGGUUUUGCCUCACAGAAAUGUUCACCCAGUGACUUUGGGCUGGGGUCAUCUUUAGGACAAGUUGAGACUAUCUUAUGAGAGUCAUAAAUAGUUCCUGUUGUUUCCUUAAUUUAUUUUUUAAUACCCCCUAAUGACUGAAACCAAAGUAAUGUGGAAUCUUCUGUCUGCAUUUUGGCCCCAGCAUCCUUAAUUUCAAAGCUUUAUUCUGUUGCCUGAGAGAAUCAACUGAAGGCGAUUCUCCCUUUUAAAGAGCAGAAACGGAAACAUCAGGUUAGCAGGAGCCAAGGCUUGGGGUGUGAGAUGCUGCCUGCUUCCUAGUCACUCAGACUGACUGACUAACACAGCUGUGCGUAGUGGACUUCGUAUUACAGACAGUUCAGGAAAGCGGGGCUUCCCCCCUUCCCCCCCCGCCUGGACACAGGGCCCUCUCCAGCCGCCUGGUAGAACGAGGCUCUUAGAUUCAUCUCGAAAGCCUGGUUAGCCUCUUCAUACUCAUGGUCAUGAACCACAAAUGCUGUUCCCUCUUGGCCUCAGUUCUGGGCAGCCAAGCGAGGAGCAAGGGCACGUCACCUGCCCGGAAAGGAGCAGAGCGUGCUCUGCCUCCUGCCCCCAAAUCAGGAAAUUCCUCUGGAGCUGGAUUGGCAUUGCCUUCUCUGUCCAAGAGGACGUUCUCACGUCAGCUCCAGCCUCCCGUGGCUCUGGCAGGCUGGCCUUCUCAGAGCCAGCGUGUUGCUUCAAUAGUCAUGUCGGUAUAUUAACUCAGGUACCCCAGUUUUCACUCCACCCCCAGAUGAUUGUAGAACACCUGUUAGCUCUCACAAUUAGUUGCCCUCUCAAGAUUAGUACCCAGAGCAGGGACCACAGGGGUGAUUUUACUUCUGAAAAGUAAUUGGAACCAAUUCAUGUUGGGGCCAAAAACAUCAUCCCCAAACCACAGGUUUAAAAUGUUAACUUUGCCUAACACUAUCACAGUGACUUGAGGCAGGAGCGCCACGACCAUGUGGAGCUGGCCCCACUUCUGACCUUCGCUCCAGCGCGAUCACUCAGAGCAGGGAAGAGCCCCACAGUUGCCGAAAAGGUGCUCCAGCCACAGUCCUCCAGCUUUGCUCAGAACCUUCUGUGUCCCCUGAAUUGCACAGAGGCUACUAAAUUUUUGAGGGCACUGGAAGUCACUGUGAUACGUAUUGAAAUUAUCCCCAUUCGCCAUGGGGGCAGUUUCUGCCAAAGGAAGGUUUUAGCCUCUGGAAGCCCCGUGAGCUCCGUUCCAGCUCCCUCUCAGAUUGCCUGAGGAAGGACCGUCAGUCUAGGCGGCGUAGCAAUGGCUUCCUAGCUCAGCUCGCUCGUUCCCAGGCCUAACUGUCGUCCGCAUUAAUGCUGUUUGUAACCACGCACCUGUUCCCGCUUCUCCCACCUCCUGCUGCCAUAUCUGUUUGCUUUUGAGUUUCUCUUGCAUUGUGGCUGUUCUUGAAUUCUCUUGUCUAUUCAGAACUCUGUAACCUCCCUCUCAUGGUGUAACAAUUGUUUUGUGGGUGGAAAUUUACCCUCUUGAAUGCUUCUUCUCCUUUAAAGACUUGCAUUCCCUUUGAAAUGAAGCAUUCCUGGGUUCCGUAUUAGCACUGGUGCGUGAGGCUGGCUGUGGGACCCUGGAUGAUUAAUAUUUUACCUUUUUUCUGAUAUAAUUGAAGGGCACGUCUGUCUGCUCCAAUUUCAGUUCCUUAAUAUAUACUCAGUGGAUCCUAGCAAGGAAGGCUUUCUGCUCCACUGGCUCCUGAAGAAGCAAAAGUAGGUUAAAUUUUAUACUUCCCUGGCUGGGGUCUUCUCUUUCCUCUCUGGCCCCUCCACUCAAUUGAGGUAAAAGUCUGACACCAAGAAAAAUGCUGGGAUUGAGCCUUCCUUGCUAGCCCUGUCCUUAAAAAUGGUCAUAUUUUCAUGUGGUCUUUGCUGCGUUUGGUUUUGUUUCUGAUUUCAUAUCCCUUUGAGGUACAGUCAGGUGACAUACCAAACUCCCCGGUGAGUUCCAGUGAAGAGCUGCCUUUCAGCUUUGGAAAUUAUGCAUCGAAAACAAAACCAAAUACAACCAACGAUUUGACACAGGCAAAAUUAUGGUUCCCGCCCCCAAAUGAAACUGGGGAUUUUGAAUGUGGCUCUAAGAGUUAACACUUCCGUCUGUGUGUUGUGUAUGCUAGGUGAUACCCUCAGUAGGAUUGACUACUAGACUGUGUGUUUUAUCGAAGUGUGUAAGAAUAAAAUCUCACUUGCACGAAUUGAAAAGUACAGAAAUGACACUUGUGAACGUGUGAACGUUAACACUGUAGUUGAUAGAUCUUAAGCUGCUAAUUGUUGAGAGAGAAUUGUUUGGUUGCUGCAGAUUCCCAGCAGCACUUCUGCUGUAUAUAUGAAUUGAAAUAAAGACCUCAGCUAUUAACGAG